ACACAUUUCUAUAUCUUUACCUAACAAUGUUUCUACUUUCUUUAUUUUCUUUGCUUGCUUCUAAGUUAAAAAUCGAUUCAAACAAUAAUUUAUCUAAUUGAGGGAUUGAAUUGUGAACUGCACCAUAAUUUUGAUAUGGGAGGAAUGUUAAAAAGGGUUGCAAAAGGAUAGCAACGCGUUUGCUUGGUUCUUUUGUAUUUGUUACCAAUGCAAGAUGUCGGUGUAGUCCGGCAUGAUAGUACCGUUCACUGUGAUGAUCCUUCUGAUAUUGAAAAGCAGAGUGGGGAGAUCAGCAAUCAUGACUUAGCUACUGAAAGAGUGGAUCAAUCUGUACUCACCAUAGUGGUUCCUGCAAGCGAAUCAAUCAACUCCCAGGAUCCAACAUUAAUCACAGACCCAGUUGGGAACAUUUCCACCAUUGUAGAGUCUCCUAAGAAGCCUUACUUAUCCAGGAAUCAUAGCUUUCAGGAACAAUGCAGAGUAUGUCAAGAGGAAAAAGAGGAAGAAUUGAUCGAUCUUGGAUGCCACUGUCGUGGUGGAUUGGCAAAAGCACAUCGGACAUGCAUAGAUACAUGGUUUAGUACUAGAGGUUCAAAUAAAUGUGAAAUAUGCCAGCAAGUAGCUGUAAAUGUGGCAUCUCCAGAGGCUCAUGCACCUACAAGUUACUGGAUUUGGAGAGUCGAUCCUUCUUUUAGGGGGACAAAUAUUUCCCAAGAGCGGAAUAGAGGUUGUCUUAAUCCACUUUGGGUUGCGUUUUGUAUCCUCAUUGGCGGUCUGUUUCUGGAUGUGUUAAUAUCAAUUACGCUUGGAGUCUCUGCACUGCCUGUGAACAUCAUAAUCGGGGUAAUAGUUGUGCUGGGACUCGGAACAGCUCUUCGGCUUGCCCUUGAGUUCUGCCAUGAUCGGAGUAUCAGAAGUGUAGUUCACCGGUUAGAAGGAAACGUCAGUCUUGGAUAUCAUCCUACGGUAUAAUUGUUCAUACACCCUGAAAACAUUGAAAUUUAUCCAGCCUGCAACUUGAAAGAUUUGUUGGAGCCAGUAUUUUUUUAGAUGACAAUUUCUGAUUGAUAACGUACUUUACCCAUUGUAUUUAUUUCGUUUGAGGAUGCAGUGUGCAGUUUGACAUCUUGUUUUGCAGCUUUGAUAUCUCUAUAUACAACAGCCUCUAUUCCCAAAAUUACUUUAGAACACAAUAACUUUCUGUAGCUUUAAGUGUUUAUUUUUUGUCUUUAUGCUGCUAGGUGCCUAGCUAAUAAGUUGCCUUAUUCCCCUUUUUUCAUUUUUGCCUGUAUCAGACAUCUUGUGCAGUGUACUUGGUGACUGCUGUGAGUAA